AUGGCGGGCAUCACUGUGACAAGGAAAUCCCAGUCCUUCGUCGUGCCGUCGUUGUCCGCGCCGGCGCCGACGACCGAGACGCUCGAGCUGUCGGCCAUCGACCGGGUGCCAGGCCUGCGCCACACGGUGCGGUCCCUGCACGUGUUCCGCCACCGCAAGGACGACGCCGCCGCCACCGCCCGCCGUGACGCUGCUGAUGCUGCUUCUGCCAGCAGGCGGCCGGCGGAGGUGAUCCGCGCGGCGCUGUCCCGCGCGCUGGUGGACUACCGCCCGUUUGCCGGCCGCUUCGUGGGCUCGCUGUACGCCGGGGAGGCGUGCGUCGCGUGCACCGACGAGGGUGCGUGGUUCGUGGAGGCCGUCGCGGACUGCAGCCUCGACGACGUGAACGGCCUCGACUACCCGCUCAUGGUCUCAGAGGAAGAGCUGCUGCCGGCUCCGGAGGAAGGUGUUGACCCUACCAGUAUUCCGAUUAUGAUGCAGGUCACGGAAUUUUCUUGUGGAGGAUUUGUGGUGGGGCUGGUCGCAGUCCACACCCUUGCUGAUGGGCUCGGUGCAGCCCAAUUCAUCAAUGCAAUUUCUGAGUUUGCCCGUGGACUUGAUAAACUUACAAUAGCACCUAUGUGGGCUCGGGCGUUAAUACCAAACCCACCUAAGCUGCCUCCUGGGCCGCCACCAUCCUUCGAGUCCUUUGGGUUCAAACAUUUUGUUAUGGAUGUGAUUUUUGACAAUAUUGCACAUGUCAAGACUGAGUACUUUCAAGCCAAUGGACAAUACUGCUCUACUUUCGAUGUUGCCAUUGCCAAGGUUUGGCAAGCUAGGACCAGGGCAAUCAAGUACAAUCCGGAUUUCAAGGUCCAUGUUUGCUUCUUUGCCAACACUCGCCACCUCCUCACACGGGUGCUACCUAAGGAUGGGGGCUUCUAUGGAAAUUGCUUCUAUCCGGUGACAGUGACAGCAACCGCUGAGGAUGUUGCUAGUGGAGGAUUGCUUGAUGUGAUUAGGAUGAUACGGGAUGGGAAGGCUAGGCUUCCUUUGGAGUUUGCCAAAUGGUCCACGGGCGAUGUGAAGGUAGACCCAUAUCAACUGACAUUCAAGCACAAUGUUCUAUUUGUGUCUGAUUGGACGAGGCUUGGAUUCUUUGAGGUUGACUAUGGGUGGGGUGUACCAAACCAUAUCAUACCUUUCACUUAUGCAGACUACAUGGCUGUAGCAGUUCUUGGGGCUCCACCUACAGUGAACAAGGGGACUCGAAUAAUGACACAGUGUGUGGAGGAGAAGCAUCUCAUGGACUUCAAGGAUGAGAUGAAGGCUUUCUUUUAG